AUCCUGUUGUGGGUAUCUGUGAGUUCGUCUAAUGCUGUUCUGUUUGUCCACUGCUGGACCAGCUUACCGCUAGUCGAGCAGCGUGGAUCGCGAGUUCUUCAUGGAUGACUCCAUGUGUGCUUUGCAUACAUGCUAUAUCCCAGCCGCAUCGCAUCAAACGCAGACUUGAAGAGCAGAUGGACAGUCCUGUUGUUGUUUGCCUGAUCUGAUACAGCGAGCAAUCGCCGACUAGGCAGGAUCCAGACCCGACUCUCGGGAAUGAUCUACAUAUCCCCAGUACGAAAUUAACGAAUGCACGCCUCUCCAUCCGGGCCAGGCUCUCGAACGGCUCCCGCGUAAUCACAUCUAAUAAGAAGAUGAAACAGACACAAGCAGCGAGAGCCGUGCGGAGCCAGUGGAGAAUAGAGUUCUAGAAUGUUGGAGUAAGCCGCUCAUAUUAUUAUUAUCAUUUAUUCUUCACGUCCGUUUAAUUGCCAGGACCGUCUUCUGCGAGGUUAUUAUCCUGUGCCGCGAAGACGGUCAGAUCAUGUUAAUAUUGCUCGGAGGCUCCCGAGAAUCGAGAGUCCCUUCGCUAUUAGAUUGAUCAUAAUUCCCGGAAUAAUAAAUAAUCACAAUCUCGCCUACAGAGUUCCCCAAUUUCCCGAAGCAGCAGGUCGAUAAUAUUAGCAUGGAGCAUCCGCACAUAUAAGAUUCAGAUUACGCUGUCCUCCGUCACUGCCAAGGACAAGGAGAUUAUUUUAUACUUCGCUUCGCUUAUCUUUCCAUCGUUCGCUUCCCGCGCAUUACGUGUUCCCCGAGCGCAAUGCCUCACGGCGAUCUUUAUCAUUAUUCUCGCUUAUGAAUGUUAUGGGCGGUUCACAGCGAUGUGCAUUAUCUCGCACAGAUGAUAUCACUCAUCUUCUCAGCACAAAAUACUAGAAUGACUGUCUGGUCUCUCGUGUCUCCAGCAUGGAUGCCUCCUUUCAUCCAUUCUGCUCAUACUCCCUCUUUGCCACGACCGAGAGAGCUCACUUUGUGAGCAUACAAUGCAUCAAGAGGCAUUCUUUCACACAAAAAGCUUGCAGUGAAUGCCAAUGCCUUUUUCCAUCACCAAUAUGCACCAUGGCAAUGGCAUGGAUGCUACUGACAAAGAACUAUUCCAUAAACAAAGGCGCGUGAAUCUUAAUAAAUCUUUCAAGGAAGAACAAUGGAGGGCACCGUGAAUAUAAAACCUCUCCAAGGUUCUCCCUUCGAUUGACUGGUAGACCGCAUUGCUCUAUUUUCCUAUCCACAUCACCAAUCAUUGCCCGCGCAUAAACACAACCAGACUACUAUAGCAGACAGCGGGGAAAAGACAAAAAAGAAAUAUGAGCACUCAACAAUUAAGCAAAGGAAACAAUCUUAGAGACACACGAGGGUUCUCCAACCCCUUUUCCUUGUGUUACCGAAAUGCGAGCCUCGUAUUGCUGCUUCAUACAAUCGACCUUGUACGCUGCGCCAACAAGCAUGACUACUGUCAAAAGCCUUGUCUGCUUUGCGCUUUUCAUGAUUUCUCUCGAAUAUAUUGGUAUGGGGAUGACUCUGAAACCGAACUUGCAAUGGAAAGUUUUUGGGCAGAGGUAAGACGCACGUGGGACAAAGACCCGAACGAGCAGCAGGAUGUUCCUGAGUUUAUGGGGCGUUUGAUUCAAAGGUUUUGCGAAUCUUGGCCCGAACGCUUAAACCCCGUGUUGAGAAACUACGUAGAAAAACGUUAUAUAUGCCCGGCAUGUGGAGAGUCAGGUCGUCGCAUCGGUCAAGUUGAAGAACUGUCUAUGCUCUUCGCUGGAAUUCCGGUGAUCCCCCCUGGUAUAGCGAGGCACAAACUCACUGUAGUAGGCGCAAUCGAAAACUUAAUGCAUGAUAAUGUAUCUGUUGAAAUGUGCACACGUUGCAGGACAGAACAUUUUCACAUUCGUGAGUCUCUUACUCACGCACCUAGCACCCUUUUGGUCCAGCUGAACAGGAUUGUCGACUAUUCCACUCUUGAGAAAUCACUUGAGCAACUAUAUUUCGACGAGACUCUGCCCAUACCCGCAGCCCUGUACGAUGAGAGGAUGCAAAAACGGGUAGAAUCAUCCCUCUAUGAACUAUAUGCUGUGAUAUUCCACCAGGGCAAUACCUCUAAGCAGGGCCACUAUACCGCCGCGGUUAAAGCCCAUCAUGGUAGGUGGAGAUUUGUCAAUGACAAUAAAGUGAAAGAGGUUUCCUUUGAGGAUAUUAGCGAUGAGCAACGUAGACGAGACGUCUACGUUUUAGCAUACCGAAGAGUCUCCCCUGUCCCGGACUUCCCAGAAGACUGGUCUAGGGUUUGGUUACAAGCCGAGGCGGAGCUAUCCGGGGUGAAAUUUGCUGAGAAGAUCAACGUGUCCAUUAGACUCCCUCUGGAUUUCCCAGGGCUGUGGCCCGAUCAACGCAAAUUCACGCUGAAAAUUCCGAGUCUUCAGCUAUUAUUCCCAGAUACCUGCGAAGCCCUUCAAGGGCAUGGAAAGAUUAUGGUUAAAAGGUGGGAUGCCAGGACACCACUAAAUAGUGGUGCUCUAAACAGUCGCAAGGGUCGAAAGAGAAAAAUUAGGAAGAGAAUAAAGAGCCCGACUUUAGACGAUGCUGCCAAGUCGAAGGGGGUCACCAAGAUGAAAGAUGGAAAGACGAAGAAGCAGGAAACAACAAGAGUCGAGCCGAUACAGACACGCAGUCGAACCAGGGUUUUGCAGCAGCUAUCAUAUGUACUUUUUAUUCUACCCAUGUUGAAGGCCUUCCCUUUCCGUUUUGAAUGAACCCAGCUUAAGGGGUCUUGACCAUGUCAUUGUUUCAGUUCCUGCCUGAGUGUUGGGCAUCAGCCAUAUUGAUUAAUUGCAUCCGCUCAUUUCCACACAUCACGGCCUGGGCAAAACAUAACCAGUGAUUAAUUAAUUACAUUCUUUGUGGAGACCACCAUCUUUGUUCAUGCAUCUAUAAGCAUUUUUUUUGGUCCUAAGUGUUGUGUAGUAUAUUCUCAGGGAAGGUAACACAGCAACAGUAAUUACUUGAGUGGUAUGGAGAUUAGCUUAGUUGAGGUUGAUAGUGUUGGUCUUUUUGGCCUUGUAGGUGAUCCAGCUUCAUCUCUUACAGUAGGCUUGGAUGAAGUGAUGGGACUGUUGCAGGCUCGCAGCUUUGGUGUGCUGUUUAGCAAUGACAGCAUCCUCUCCACAGUCAACAGUGCAAACAUUCAAUUGUCGUCAAAACAGCAUGUUUUCACCAGCAUUAUUCCUCUCAUCUCCGGGAAUCUGUGAACUCAAUGUAGCCUCCAGUAAUCCUGUACCUUACCUGGCUCAUAUCAAACCAGCAUACCUAACAGCUUUGUUGGGUGUUCUUUGCAGUAUACCUCCAUCCCUGGUGAUACUCAAGCUGCCCACCUUACUUCCUCUCUUUCUGCAAAGCUUGGAUCUCCUGACUCCCAAGCUUUCAGAUCUGUGACUUGGGAACCCUUGCCAUCAUCCAUGAGAAUGGUGUUGGCAUGAUUGAGGAAUGUGGCCA